UGCUUGGUCUGUCUGCCUCCUCCAGCCUCCUCACUCUCAUAGGAAGAGACAUGCUAUACUGAAGAAGCCUAUAAAUAGCUAGGACCCUGGACCAACACUAGCCCACUGUCUGUUUGUCCUGUGGACAUCCGCUCCGGCUUGUAGUGUGUAGGCUACUUGUGAUUGUGUGUGUGUGUGUGUGUGCAUGUGGGGUGGGGGGUAAGUUUGAGCUUUGUGUGUGUGUGUGUGUGUGUGUGUGAGAGAGAGGAAGCCAGUGGAAAAGGAACUUCAUGCUCUAAGGUCCAUUGUUACAUUGUGAAGAGGAAGAGUUGUGAUUACUCAUUGGAUUAUUUUUUAUUCAAAAAACAUUUUUAAACCUUUAUGUAUCCAGGAAAACCCUAUUGAGGACAGAUGAGAGAGACCUGAGUGGGGGUGCCGAUCUGCUCAAGUCCAGUCUAAUUACAUGGAGCCCAGAAGAUCUUGACUGGUAACCAGGAGUCUUCUUUCUGAAACUGUCCCAGUGAUAUUCAUUGACCAUGAGCGGCGGUGUCAACAUUAAGAACAUGUCUCAGGCCCAACCAGGCUCAGGUCUGGUUUCUGGUAUCCCCCUACCCCGGAGCAUGAUCCCCCUCUCCAGACUGGACCCCAAACACCAAGGGGGCGGCGGCCUCCAUAACUCCACAGCACAGUUUCAGCUCAGCGCCAAAACGCAUCCCUCCUCCUCCUCCACCUUUUCAAAUGAGCUGCAAAGAGGUGCAGCUUUGAAGAGCCACCUGCUGCAGCAGAGGGGUGGUAUCUGUUCCCCUUGUCCCCCAUCCAGAGCCUCCUAUGCCCCAGAGAGAGGCACAGGCAGCCGGUCAGCCUACAGCAGCCCCCAGGUUCCCAAGAGGCAAGCUCCACCACCACGCUCCAAGGACACCCUUGACCUCCGCAGCAGCAGCGCGCUAUCCGAGAAGGCUUUGCGAGAACUUCACGUCAGGAGAAACGCCAACAGGAACUGGGCCUCAGGCGAGGUUUGCCCCAGAAGUCUGGAUGACAAUGGAGACGCACAGGAUGCCUUGUGCAAGCUCUCUGGUGGUAAUGUCCACUCAGGCCAAAGCCGGGGUAGAUUCUCCCACAUUAAAGCAGGGAACGGGAACCUGAUCACCUCUGUGUUGACGACCACCCAUACAUGCCAGGAGCGUAGGGAACCGGGAAAGCUCUCCAGCCAAGGCAUGGGCAUGUCUGAGAGAGAUAUGUCCACCAACAAACCCAGAGAGUCCCAUCAGAGCCAGGGUGGUGGUGAUGGCAGUCAGACAGUCAGUGUGCCACGCCGAGGGAUUGAGCCAGCCCAAGUCAACAUGGCCACUGUGGCACCUUUCACGUUCAGGUUGCAGGCCCAGGAUGGUGAUACCUCCUCUCUGGAGGACCUGAGUGACUGCUCCUCUGACUCCAUGGAGGUGUGCUGUGAUGACCUGGGAGGCAUGCUCAGAAGUAGUGUGAAAGGAGGCAGAGAAGGAGAUUUAAAGAUGGAACGGGCGGAAAGUACCAAAACGUACGGCCAAGCAGAGGGCAAAGCUGUUGGCGUGGCAGCCAAGAGGGGCAAGUCGGGGAUGCCCCAGAGUGCCCAGCGAGGGGAACUGAGGGUGUACCGUGCAGGUAGCUCUGAAGGGCGGCUGCCUGUGUCCUCCAACCUUCGCAAGCAGAGGUCCCUGACCAACCUGGCCGUGCUCACCGAUGCGGAGAAGAAGAUGCACCUCUACGAGCCCAAGUGGUGUGAUGACAUGGCCAAGCCUGGAGCGGGGCAUCUCAAGACGGGCAAGCCCAAGCUGGCAGGAGGGGGUGGCAGUGGCGGAGGAGGUGGCGCGCCACUCUCACGCAACCUCUCCAAGUCAGAGCACUCUCUCUUCCAGGGCAAACCCAAACCCUUCAGCCCACUGGCGGCUCCUUCUGGCCUGGUCAGACCCGGUCAGAGCCGGAUCCCUAGGGGUCCCUAUGCAGAGGUGAAGCCCCUGAGUAAGACCCCUGAGGAUGGAAAAUCUGAUGAUGAGAUCCUCUCCAGCAAGGCCAAGGCUGUCAACAAGAAGCAAGUGGCGGGAGCUUCUGGGGAGGCAGGGGCCAAGGGCCAAGGGGAUGGGAGCCAGUCCUUCCUCAAGGUGGAUCCAGAGCUGGUAGUGACUGUCCUUGGUGACCUGGAGCAGCUUCUCUUCAGCCAGAUGCUGGACCCAGAGUCUCAGAGGAAACGCACGGUGCAGAACGUCCUUGACCUCAGACAGAACCUGGAAGAUACCAUGUCCAGUCUACGGGGAGCCCAGCUCAGCCAUGGCUGUCUGGAGAGCAGUAAUGUUUGCUAUGACAGUGACGAGACCAACGCCCGCAGCAUGUCCAGUCUGUCCAAUCGCUCGUCUCCACUCUCCUGGCGCCACGGCCAGUCCAGCCCCCGGCUGCAGGCUGGAGACGCCCCCUCGUCCACGGGUAGCGGCGUGUACCAUGGGGGAAAGGCCGGGUCCCAGUAUACGGCCCACACCAUGCCUGCCCGAGUCUCCAGCCGUCUCAGCCACUCCUCCCGAAUCGAGCUCAUCGAAGGGCUGGAUGUGGACGAUGCUGACCUCAAGUCUGGUUACCUGAGCGACAGCGACCUGCUGGGAAAGAGCAUGCCAGAGGAUGACGAUGACAACCUAGCCAAUGGUUGGGAUGAGAGCAGCUCCAUCAGCAGUGGGCUCAGCGAUGGCUCUGUAGACAACCUCAGCUCUGAGGAGUUCAACGCCAGCUCCUCCCUCAACUCCCUGCCCACCACUCCCCUCGGCUCCAGACGCAACUCCUCUGUCAUGCUCCGCACCGAUGCUGAGAAGCGCUCCCUGGUGGAGAGUGGCCUGUCCUGGUACAGCGAGGAUGCCAAGGCUGCACGCAAGAUGGACGGGAGCAGCUAUGAGACAGGGAGCCUCAAAACCGAGACCCCCAGCAAGUGGAGGAAGUCCUCCAGACCCAUGGAGGGUGCUAGUGAGGACGUGGGGGUCAAGGGGGAACUGAGGAAGCCCCAGAGCCUGGGUCAGCCAGGGAACUUUAAAAAGGGACGCAACCCCCCUGUGGGCGUGACCUCACCCAUCACGCACACCUCUCAAAGCGUCCUGAAAGUGGCAGCACCAAAGAGCGACCACAAGGCGGUGGACAAGAACAAGAUGUCUGUGAAGGCUGCUGGGCUGCAGCGCUCCCGUUCCGACGCCGGGAGAGAACACCUCCCGGAGCACCGGGAACACCGAAAGCCCCCGUCAGGCCUGGUCAAGCCUUCCGCCGGGGCCUCGUUCGGCUACAAGAAGUCCCCGACUACCGGCACUGCCACCGUCAUGACAGCAGGGGGCAGCACCAUCUCUAGUGGCUCUGCCACCGUGGGCAAGAUUCCCAAGUCCUCUGGCAUCCCUGUGAAGCCGAUGGGAGUAGGAGGGGGAGGAAAAGGGGGGCGUAAGAACAGCUUUGACGCCACAGGCAGUGAGGAGGGGGGCUUCCUGGGGCCCAACGCCCGUAACAGCCUCCAGUACCGAAGCCUGCCGCGCCCUGCCAAGUCCAGCACCCUCAGCCUGAUCGGCCGCCCUGGGUCGGCCCGGCCUGCCAGCAGCAGCAUCGACCCCGGCCUGCUGAGCCUGAAGCCUGUCUCCAUGGCCUGCCCUGGCCCCAAGAGGAAAGAGCCCGGCAGUGGAAGCACUAAGGGGGCCAGUCGAGGAGGGAGCACAGGCCCUGUCAACCAGACAGACCGGGAGAAGGAGAAAGAGAGAGCUAAGGCCAAGGCUGUGGCAUCUGAUAUGGACUCCCUGUGUGGCUCCCUGAAGAUGGAAGACUGUCUGGGGGAUUCUACAGGGGAGGCCAGCACCAAACUGCAGGGACUGCGGAGGGCCAGUAGCAGCAAAUACCCCGAGCUCUCCUCGCCCACCAGUCAGAGGAUGCUGAGCUGCAAGUCUCUGGGUCGGCCGCCCAGCCUUGCCCACUUGGACAAGGUCAACUCCAAUAGCCUGGAUUCGUGCGUGACCAUCCAGGACCUGCCUCCUAAAGUGCCCCCUUACUCUAAGCUCCAGGACCUGGCCGGGUCUGGCUCACGCAGCCCGGCCCCCCGGGGCCUCACCCCUAGCCCAGCACCCGUCCUGCACUUGGACACCCCCAGCUGCUACCCCAGCCAGACCUUGUCCUUGGGGGGCUCUCCGCUGCUGUACCCCAAACUAUCUGGCCUGCACCGCAGCAUGGAGUCCCUUCCCCUCACCAUGAGUGUUCCUCCCAGUGGAGGAUAUAUCCGGGCAGAGUCCCGAGACAGGGACAGGGAUAGGGAGGAGGUGAGGGGCACAGGGACCUGGGUUGCUGGGAGCAGGACCUCCCUCAAUCUCCCAGACAGUUUGCAAACGGACAGGAACACCUUACCUAAGAAAGGAUUAGGGUAUGUCAAUCGCUACAGCUCUGGUCCGUCUGAGGGUCAGUCGGAGGGAAAGGAGAGGCGUCACUCCCACACGGCAGUGAGCCUGACAGAGAGCGAGAGCCCCCCUCAGCUGCCUUCUCCCACCCACAUGCCCCAUCUUUCCUCUGGCAAGGCCCACCUCACUAACGUGGUUUCCCCCAUCCCGAGCGGUGCCUGUGUCCCCAGAAUAACCCGCUCCAACAGUAUCCCCACCAAUGACGCGGCCUUCGACCUGUACGGCUCCUCUCCACUGGGCAGCAGCAUGUCGCUGGCCGACCGGCCCAAGAGCAUGAUGCGCUCUGGAUCCUUCCGUGACCGUGAGCCCGUGGAUGACUGUGAGACAGCUAGCACAUUCCAUGGCUCUGUCCUGUCCUUGGCAUCCAACGCUUCAUCCAACUAUUCCUCUACCGAGGAGAGGAUACAAGGAGAGCAAAUCCGCAAGCUGAGACGCGAGCUGGAGAACUCCCAGGAAAAAGUGGCCAACCUGACCACCCAGCUGUCUGCCAACGCUAAUUUGGUAGCAGCGUUCGAGCAGAGCCUGCAACUGAUGACGUCACGUCUGCAGAGCCUGUCGGUCAGCCAGGAGCAGAAGGACUCUGAGCUGACUGAUCUGAAGGAGACCAUAGAGAUUCUGAAGACAAAGAACACAGAGGCACAGGAUGUAAUCCAUGUGGCCCUCAGUAACCCUGACAUCCCUCCCAAAGGUAGGGAGCCAACCAAGGGUCUAACGUUCUUUCAAUAUAAUCCCUUUGACCAUUCCCUCUCUUCUCCAGACCAGUUUUUCUCUUCUUCACCGCCAUCACUAGCUCAUCUUCUCUUCUCUAGAACGGCUUUUCUCUCUCUUCACUCCCCCUCACUAGCUCCUCUUGUCUCUCCAGAGCUGCAGAUGAAGAGGCAGAACUCUUCUGAGAGCAUCUCCAGCCUGAACAGCAUCACCAGCCACUCCAGCAUGGGCAGUCUGAAGGAGCAGGAGGCCAAGAAGAAGAAGAAGAGCUGGCUGAGGAGUUCCUUUAACAAGGCGUUCAGUAAGAAGGGGUCCAAGCUCUCGGCGUCAUACGCCGACAUCGAGGAGAUCGCCACGCCAGACUCCUCGGCACCCUCCUCUCCUAAAAUCCCCAUCCACCACGUGGACAGGGAUGGGGAUGGGGAUGGGGAUGGGGAGGGAGAUGGAGAUGGAAAUGGGGACAUUUCCAUGAUGAGGUCCUCUAUCUCUGCGUCUUCCUCUGGACUGUGCGAAGGAAGCGAGGAGCCCCCGGAGGAUGAGAAGGUGGUGACCACGCUGCGCUCGGCCCUCUGGGAGAAGGAGAGGAAGCUGACAGACAUCCGCUUGGAGGCCCUUAGCUCAGCCCACCAGCUGGAGCAGCUGCAGGAGGCCAUGAACAACAUGCAGAUGACAGUGGAGAACCUGAAGGCAGAGAAUGACCAGUUGAAGACAGGCGGUCCCUCCACCUCCACCUCCCAGUCCUCCGGCCUGGCAUCACUCGGCACCGCCUCGCCACGCCAAUCUGUUGCCAUGUCUCUGACCAAGACCUUCAGCAUGAGUCUGGGAGAGGGCAGCCCCUCUGACGUGUUCCAGACAGACACCGUUAGCCUCCCCGCUCCCAGGGACGACACUCGCGUGAGAGUGGUGGUUCGCGUGGCCAAUCUGCGCGUCUUCAAAGAUGAGGUGAAACAGCAGGACUUCUUCAUCGGAACUGUGAGGGUUAACGGCAGAAUGGACUGGCCUAUGCUGGACUCGGCUGUUGGCCAGGCUUUUAAGGUGUACAUAGCCAAGGUAGACCCCACCUCCAGCCUGGGCCUUACUACAGACUCUGUCUACAGCUACAGUAUGAACCACAUCAGGAGGGUGCUGGGAGGGGAGCUGCCAGAGAGCCAGCCCUCACGCUGUGUCUCCAAGGGGCCCAGCGGCAUCACUGUCACACUCAAAGGUCUGAAGGAGAAGUGUGUGGACAGCCUGGUGUUUGAGACCCUCAUCCCCAAGCCCAUGACCCAACACUACAUCAGCCUGCUGCUGAAGCACCGCCGCCUCAUCAUGUCUGGGCCCAGCGGCACCGGCAAGACCUACCUCACGUCUCGCCUGGCAGAGUACCUGGUGGACCGCAGUGGUCGAGACCUCAACGACGGCAUUGUGGUCAAUUUCAACAUGCACCGCCAGUCUUGCAAGGAUCUCCAGCUCUGCCUGUCCAAUCUGGCCAAUCAGAUUGACCGGGAAACCAGCACCGCUGAAAUUCCAUUGGUGGUUAUCCUGGAUGAUAUACAUGAUGCCACUUCCAUCAGCGAGCUUGUCAACGGGGCCCUCACCUGCAAAUACCACAAAUGUCCUUACAUCAUUGGAACUACCAACCAGCCGGUGAAGAUGACCCCGAACCAUGGCCUGCACCUCAGCUUCAGGAUGGUGACCUUCUCUAAUAAUGUGGAGCCAGCCAAUGGCUUCCUGGUGCGUUACCUGCACAGGAAGUUGAUGGAGGCGGAGGACGAGCGGAGCCUGGCCAACGAGGACCUCCUCAGGGUGCUGGACUGGGUGCCCAAGCUGUGGUACCACCUGCACACCUUCCUGGAGAAACACAGCACCUCUGACUUCCUCAUCGGCCCGUGUUUCUUCCUGUCCUGUCCUGUGACUGUGGAGGAGUUCCGCUCCUGGUUCAUUGACCUUUGGAACCUCUCCAUUAUCCCCUACCUGCAGGAAGGAGCCAAGGAUGGCAUUAAGGUGCAUGGUCAGAAGGCGGUAUGGGAGGACCCAGUGGAGUGGGUGAGGGGCACCCUUCCCUGGCCCUCAGCCCAACAGGACCAGGCCAAGCUGUUCCACCUGCCUCCCCCCAGCAUGACCUCUGGAGGCCCAGGCCAGCCCAGCGAGGCCUCGGCCAGGCCUCUUAAUAAGGAGACCCCACCCAGCUCCAUGGACACCCUGGACCCUCUGAUGGCUAUGUUGUUGAAGUUGCAAGAGGCAGCCAACUGCAUUGAAUCUCCGGACAGAGAAACAAUGGACCCCAGCCUCCCUACAUUUUGAACGUCAACUACAACUGUAGACUCAAAACCUAGCCCUUCAAAUAGCCCCUAAAUAUGUACCCCUAUGUGAGCUCUAGUAUACACAGUUCAUAAUAUUCAGGAACAAAAACUCCAAUAUAGUUUUCUGCUCCUUUUGGACCUUAUCUUUAAUCUCCGCAAACAACAAUCACACUACAUAUGGUUGAAUGAGAAGCCAUUUUGUUUUGAUGUUUUGAAAUUGUAUUCAAUCAUGCCAAGUCAUACCAACAUAUAUUAUAGCGAGAGAAAACAUUUUUGAUUUCUUGAACUAGAGGUUAUAUUCACAAUACACAGUAUAAAGUCUCUCUUUCUUUACUGAAGCCUUCUCUCUAUCACUGCUACCCUCGAUAGAAACAGGUGCUAAUUAUCGAGAUAAUAAGUAUCACUCUUACUUUAGAAAUGAAUCCUCAUCUCUCAUUGGUCUAAGCAGGUGAUUCUUCCAACAGCAAAUUCAAAUGACAAAAUAGCACCAUUCUUGCUUGUCAACUUUUGCUCAGCAACAGCAACAUGGCCUGCAGUGUGCAUGUACAAUUAAGUCAGUUGGAGACCCCGUUUUUGGCUUAUUGGAAAGAGUAUGGCGGCAUGUUGUAUGGCUUGUCAGGUUGUAUAGUCCUGGUCCUGAAUACAUAUCCAUCUAUCAAUCUUUGAAGGCCAAAUCUUAGACAUAUGCAACUCUUUAUACAUAACCAGGUGAACUUGUUUUUGACUCUGUGACCAAACAUACUGAAUGCCUUAAUAAAUAUAUUCCUUAUGAUAACCUCAAGAUGAACAGCAGUAUACAACAGUGGUGCUUUGCUUCAUAACCAUCGCCUCAGAGCAGAGUAGUGAGUGCCAGGACAUUGACUUUUUGCCCCCCACGCAUAGUUCAGUGCAGUCCUGCACAGGUCAGUUUAUUUUGGAGCCGCACCCGCCCCGUCCACAUCAUUUCCGAGCCUCACCCGAUAUCCGACAUCGGGACAGAUUUUCCUCUGCAUAGAGUUGUUUCCGAGAGACGAUCCAUGACACUCCAAAUGACAUCAAUUUGUUUGACUGUUUUUAUGACUCCAGAGUAGAAAGGGAGAGGGGGAUACCUAGGAAGUUGUACAAAAAUGCAUUCAACUGAGGUGUGUCUUCCACAUUUACCCCUCAGGCUAUUCCAAUUCCCUGCAGGAAUUCAUUUGUCUGUUCAAUGUUUGGAUAAAAUGAAACCAUGCCAUGAAUUAAGGCCUAUGUUCUUAUUUUCACAAUGCAAUGUGGCACAUUGACAACUCACAUCGCCUUGAAUAGGAUCAUAUUUAAUUAGCUUUCUUCUUACUUGACGAAAGCCUAUAGCCGACAUAACAAAACAAUAUCUUUACAUUCAAACGUAAGUAAACAUUUCCCAUAACUGAAUAGGCUGUAGGCUGCAAAAAUAGUCUACAUUCAUCCAGUAGGCUAUUGGCUACUCAAACGUUUACCAGCCUCACAGGACUAAACUGUAUAUGGCCUGCGUAUGGUCUAAAUAAAUGAAAGCCUGAAUUAUUGUAAUAAUGAACUUAUAUUAACUGAAUUAACAUAAACAAAUACCUGCUUGCACUUUUGCAGGCUGUGUCCAUACCGGGUUGUUAUCCUUGUCCACAAUGACUUCAAAAUCCUUCCAGACUGGGGAUUUCAGUCACGCAGCACCUGUUUCCACGAUGGUGUAUUCCACCAUCACAACCGUUGAUAGGAAAUGUGUUCAUUCCACCCGCCAGCUGAUUUUUUUUUUGCGGGUCAACUGUGGGGAGCCGUUGGUAGUUCAGGGUUGAUUUUAAUGUCACUUAACUAUAUUUGAGGGAUAAAGAAUGUGUUCCAGGUAGUCUAGAUGGUGGGUAUCAGGCUUCCAUGGUCAAGUGAGCAAACAGGGUUGAACAGAGCAGCACACGGACACAUGGUUAUUUCCUUAUGGUUAAUAUCUUUGCUUAUCAUUCAUUGCAAAAUGACAAAUGCUGUCCACUCUAACCAACACAUUUAAAGAUGCCAUCAGUACAUACUAAAUUUCAGCUUCUGUGGUACUAGUUCCUCAUUUAGUUGCAAGCAGCAUACAUUUGAAUUAAUUUGACUGAACUGACAUACAGCCAUAGAUUUGAAAUCCAACUAUCCGUUUGAAGAUAGAAGGCCACACCAGCACUACCAACAUAUAAAAUCAGGUAUUACUAAGAAAGGGGAAUAACGCAUAAGCAACUACUAUUUGCGUGUAGCUCAGAUAUUGCUUGUCUUUUAUUUUGAAUAUGGUGAGGUAUGGUCUAAUCUAUUCCACGACAUGAUUCGGUAUAGUAAAAUUUUGCUCAAUGCUUUAUUUCCAAUAUCGAUUUCAGUUAUUUUAUCUACAUUAGUUGCAUGGCGCAAAAACCUAAUAUGCUGAUCCAAAUACUUUACUGUAAUCUUGCAUGUUGACAGUCUAUUUUGGGGUCAGAGCAUAAAAGUGCAAAAACAAAAAAUGUACACGUGGAUCUUUUACUCAAUGUGGUAGCCGUAUAACAUCGCAGAUCAUUUAGGUGCUUUCGAAUAUACCCUUUUCCCAAAGCUACGGUCUCAUUCCUUGUAGAAAACAUGUAUUUGGGCCUAUUACCAAGACCCCGGCGUGAGUUGAACAUCAUUAUUUAGAGUUCUCUGUUGCACCCCACAAAUCCUUUUCGUCAGACACAGGUUUAACUCUGCUAUUAAUAACAGUCUUUCAUCUACUGUAGCAACCAAUGGUGCUCUCCCCUCUUUUUGACUGGUACUAUUGCUUUGCUCGCCUUUGGUUUUAGGUUAUGACCGUUCAGACACACAGCAUAAAACAGAAGAAUCAUCUGUUUGCGCAUAGCAAUGAUCAAGGACCAUUCCCCACUUCGGAGGCAUGGAACAUAGAAAGAUCGGUUGAUCAAAACAAGAUAGAAGUCAAAGACGAUGUACAUCUUUGUAUAAUGGGGUCAUUAUAGAGUAUAGUGGGUUACGGCAGUGCUCUCAAAAGAUACAACUGGCCAUACUGGUUGAUGCUGAAACAAUGUAGGAGAAUCAGUCUGUGUUUUGGGACUCUUCACACUAAUGAUGUAUAAUCCCUUUAUCAUAAGUCACCUGUGUAUAAAGUGUCAUUUAAUGUCAGAUUGCUUUCUUUGUACAACGGUUAUCACAACUGAAAGAAAUGGUGCACACUGUCACAAGGUCAUUAUUAAGCACAGUGCAACUAAACCACCGCGAUGAAGUUAAAACAUGGUACAAUCCCAUUUUUACUUCAGUUUUUUGGUAUGCUUUUGCAUCAAACUGUUAAACGACUCCAUCUGAUGACUUGAAGCGCAUUGCUUUUGCAGCCUUGUGUGGUCACAUUUUUACAAAUUGAAAGGAAUCCUUGAAUAACCAUAUGUGUGAAAAGAUGCCCCUUUGGCCAAUCCAUUUCACAAUGACACCAUGGCUGCGUUUACACAGGCAGUGCAAUUCUAAUCUUUUUGCCUAAUUAGUGUAGAAAGAGUGGAUCGGAUUGGUCAAAAGACCAAUAAGAGGAAAAAGAUCCGAAUUGGGCUGCCUGUGUUAACUCAGCCUACUAGACCCAUAUGAACCUUCUGUCAUCUUAAUGACUAGCCUCAUUAACAACUCUGCAUUGUUUUACCAUUUAGAAGAGUAUAUUAUACCCGUAUCUAUGUAUGCAAGCAAACAAAUGCCAUUCUGCUCGUUCUUCAUCUCAUUCACUGGUCGUUGUGGCUGUUGCGCUGUCGUGCUGUGUGUUUUGCUAACUAUCUUUUGUAUCAGGACUAUGCAGCAACUUCUACUGGUGUUGGCAAUUAGAGAAAAGAAAAUGGUCAAAAUUGUUCUGAAAGCUAACAAACCCAGUCUUGCCCCAGUCUUGCAGUAAGUUGGACCAAAUUAUGAUUAUGAGAUAGUUUUCCAGGCAGGGUUUGACUAUGCCUUAAUGUGAAUUUUGAUGCAAGUGUUGCAUUGAGACAGAGUGAGUAUGUAACCUUUGACAAUGGAAGGGAUGCUUUGUGUCAAACCUUGGUCCCACAAGACACCACCUGACCUUGAAUUGGUGGGAAAAACCUGGACUUUAGCUCAGUGGGCUAACAUACCCUUGUGGCGCACAGGAAACCCGGGUUUGAACUCAGGUUGGUCACUUGAGGGAUAUGAUGUGUAGGUUAAUAGAGUUUGUUGUCCAAAGGUUUAGUCCUGUAUUACAGUUGGGCACAAUUGAAAUAUUAUCAAAGAUCAUAGGUCAACAUAAAAACUUGAUUUAAAAAAAAAAAUCUAAGAUAAAUCAACAUUUUUUAUAUCAGGGUCUUCAAAAAAUCUUAAACAAAUCUGAAGUUCUUGGAAAUGAAGUAUUUCCACUCGAUGAAGGCCAAUACAGGUUGCUGAAUAGUCAUAAUUAUUUUACAAAGCUUGUUACUGACUCACAAUAAAAAAUAUAAAAACUGUAAUAAUGGUAUCUAAUGUCACUGACGGGCAAAUGUGAUGGAUUUUUAAAUGUUGUAAAUGCAUGCCAAAUGAGUGUGUGAACAAAAUAUGUAAUAGCAUCAACGUAUUGUUAGGGGUUCAUUCUAUAUAGAAAAUGCUUUUUCUUUUUAAUAUGCUGAUAUUUGAUAUUUCUUUUUCUAAGGAAUCCUUUGUAAAAUUUCAUUUAUCUAUUUUGUACAGGAUUUCAUAAUUGUAAACAUUUGUACAUAGUUCUGCAUACUGUAUGCGACAACAAUCAUUAAGGAAAACAAAUAACUCCAUAAAGGCCUAUUACAAGAUUAAUAACUUAUCACUCCAGAGUUGAGCCCAAUACAUGGAGAGGUAGGCAUGCUUCUGAAAUGACAUUUUCAUCCACCUAUCGCUGUUCGUUCGUCAAUAAAAUCAUGUCAUAUGUGA